AUGUCGCAAGCAGAAAAACUAGUGCAUGUAGUGUUAACAUUUAUUUCGAUAGUCAAUGGUGAUCAAUGGUUACAAUGGUUAGAGAAUUCAAUUCCAGCUUUCAGGGUCCCGUCCAUCCAACAAGUAAUGUUUCCUAAUGAAAGGACAUCGCUCGACGACUGUAAUCUACGUUACUAUAGAUACGGCUAUGGAUCUGUAAGCGCACUCUCUGCUGGCAGCCCAACUUACUUGGAAGAAUUUGGCCAUAUGGCGGCCAUCGGAUGGACACAACCGAAUAAUACUAUUUAUUGGAAUUGUGGAGGAUCUUUAAUUUGGGAGAACUACGUACUGACUGCGGCUCAUUGCACUUUAGACAAUAAAGUACCUCCGGAUGUGGUUCGCUUGGGAGACAUUGAUAUUCUCAGUGAUAAGGACGACCAGUUCGCUCAGCAGUUGAAGAUUGUUCAAAUAUUCCGGCAUCCCGAUUACAAGUUUUCGCUCUCUUAUAACGAUAUUGCUCUUUUAAAGUUGGAGAAAACAGUAACAUUAAAUGGUGCAGUUUCGCCAGCAUGUCUUUGGAUUGAUAAUGAAGUACGGUUCGAUGCAUUGGAGGCCACUGGCUGGGGAGACACUGGAUUCGCACAAAGACGAUCUUCAUCACUGCAAAAAGUUACACUGAAACCAACCGCUAAUGAGGAAUGCAGUAAAUUUUAUAGCCACCACCGUCUAUUAAAAUAUGGCCUCAAGGAAACCCAGUUAUGCGCGGGAGAUGAUGUGAUGGAUACCUGUCACGGUGACUCCGGAGGACCUCUUCAGAUAAAAUUGCUUCACAAUGGCAAACAGUCUUCAUUUAUUGUUGGUAUAACUACAUUCGGUGUAGCUUGCGGAACAGCCACCCCAGGGGUUUAUACGAAAGUUUCGGCUUACUACCAAUGGAUCCUGCGGACAAUGCGAAGUCAGGAGAGCAACGUUUUUAGUUGGAGCCUGGAACCUGACGCUUGUUCUCUUCGAAACGUUCAUUUUAGGCAGUACGAAUACGACGCAUUCGCAUGGCAAGAUGGUCACACGGGAGAUUGCAGUGCAACACUUAUUGACGAUGACACUGCACUCACGCUUGCAGAAUGUGCAUCACAUUAUGGCGUUGCUCCUUCAUACGUCAUUGUCGACGCCUACGGUAAAAAUUUCGGUAUCGCAGAAAUAAUUGUGCACCCAGAAUAUAAAGAAAACUCCGUAUAUAACAAUAUUGCGGUACUUAAACUGAAAGACCGAAUAGAAUUCUCCGAACAAGUGACUCCGGCGUGCAUAUGGCAUUCGCGGAAAGUAGACGACAAAGAACUGAAAGUGGCGGGUAUCGGUCGUACCGAUCUUAAUACUUUCUACUCUUUAGGUUUUGAUGACCAGAUAAUGUCUGAAGAAAUUGCUCGAACACUCUUACCUAGAUUAGAAGUCAAAACCCCAAAAAAUUGUAAGAUUUCUGAGGAAUUUCGUUCGCGUUUGACCAGAGGCUUAGCAUCAGAGCAUCUGUGCACUGGGAACCAUUUGUUUUUAGUACCCGGAUCAUGCACGCUUCUCUAUGGUGGUCCUGUUCAACAACAAAAGCAGAUACAUGAUCGGAUGUUUAUCUACGCAUUUGGACUAAAUGCUUUCGGCAGAGAUUGUGGUUUUGGUGAAUCAGCCAUAGCUACAAGACUAGCUAGCCACGUGGAUUGGCUUGGAACGGUUUUACUUCGCAACUUUCGUUAUGGACAAUCUGCAGUACAAUUUACUAACCUAGAAUGGAAGGAAAACGAUAGCUGUAAUUUCGGCCACAAUUACCAACUGCCUGGAAUUUGUACCCAUUACACAAAAUGUUCGAAAAUAUGGAAUGACUUUAAAGCCAAACAACGAAUAAAUUUUUGUUCUUCUGCGCAAGUAAUUUGUUGCCCUCGAAAAUUCGUGGAAAAUGAAUUUUCUCAAGGACGUAAGGAUAAAUUAGACGCCUGUCAAACAGAUUACCAACAGUUUCAUCCCGACAGGCGUAGUUUUAAAGAAAUCAAAGGCUUUGCACAUACGAUUACUGUUACCUGGAAUAAGCUGCAACGCGUUCGCUGUCUAGCGUCACUAAUUACUAAACGCACUGCCGUUACGUCAGCUGGUUGUGCACUAUUGUUGCCAAAAAAACCAUCUUUGGCCAUUUUAGCGAAUAAUCAAUCAAUUGCGAUAGAACAAGUCAUUGUUCAUCCACAUUAUAACAAUAACGAUAAAUCGAAUGAUAUUGCACUGAUCAAACUAAUGAAUGAAAUAACACCAAGUGCAUCUGUCUUUCCUGCAUGCGUUUGGACCAACCUUACCCACACUCCGUUUUAUCUAAGGUUAAUAGAAGCAGGUGAAAUAUUACUGAAAUCCUAG